AUGUCUCACAUCUCGACGGCCCAGGCGGGCCUUGCAGCCGUCGAAGCCAAGAAAUGGGACGAAGCCCUCCCGCUACUAUCAAAGGCCCUCCAGACCUCACCCAACCCAGCCUGGCUGAUCGCCCGCUCCAAGGCCCUCGUCGGCAAGAACCGAUACCAGGAGGCCCUCGACGACGCAAACCUCGCCUGGCACACCGCCUACGAGCGCAACAAGCGACCCCUCCUCUCCGAGGCAAACUACCGCCGCGCCGUCGCUUACUUUCGCCUCGGGCAGUACGCCAACGCCGAUGCGUGCUGCGUGUACGCUAUUCGACUCAUCAAGGGGUUUCCUGCUGUUGAGAAGGAGGAUCCCGCCAAGGCUCUGACCGACGCCGAUGGCUUUUAUACUGUGACUUCGGAGAAUGUGCAGCGCGAGGCCAGAGAGGAGGCGGAGCAGGAGACAGCCAAGAGUGCCGAAAGGGGCACGAACAUGCUGGAUGGCCUGGAUCUUGGACCCAAGAACAAGGAGGUCAGAGCUGCCAGUUCUCUGCGCUUCAUGAUCCUGGCUGCCAUGGAGAAGCUUGAGAAGGGCAACCCGGCGCGAAAGCUCACCACGAGCGCGAGGCCCGAGCAGAAGGACCUCGCGGAUCUAAAGCUCCAGGAUAUAAAGCCUGCAGAGGCCCCGGUUGCCAAACCUAUCAUCCCCGCUGAUACCCAGCCGAGACUCCAGGACUUCCAGAGUGAUGUCACCAUGUCGGUGUCCAUCUUUUCCAAGGGCGUGAGCAAGGACAAGCUUCAGGUUGAGUUCAAGCCAUUCUCGGUUCACCUCGAUGCCAUCAUCUACCCCAACGGUGAUACUCGGCCAUUCGACCUUGAGCUCUGGGGUGAGAUUGACCCUUCGGCCUCGAAGCACACGGUCACACCCAACAAGGUUGAGCUCAGCCUCCGAAAGAAGACUCCUGGAAAGUGGAAGCAACUCAAGGGCGAUGGCAACAAGCCCGGUGCACCAGCUGCUGCUGUCGAGUCCUUGACAAUAUCCGAAAAGGCUCCAGAGCAGCCCAAGACCGAAGAGAAGCAAGAGUCCGCUCAGCCCACCGAGUCCAAGAAGGCUCCUGAGGCCUCCAAUGCCGCUCACCAAUACCCCUCUUCCUCCCGCACCGGACCCAAGAACUGGGACACGCUGGUCGACGACGACGAAGCAGAGGACACUAGCGACGUCAACCUCUUCUUCAAGAAGCUGUACAAGGGCGCCACUCCUGAGCAGCAGCGCGCCAUGAUGAAGAGCUUCACCGAGAGCAGCGGUACCAGCCUGAGCACCGACUGGAACGACGUUAAGAAUCGGACCGUAGAGACUGUGCCACCAGAGGGUGUCGAGGCCAAGAAGUGGUCGUAG